CCAUACAUGUACAUGAAACGCUCGCCGGCAGUUCCCCAUUAUUGACAGUGACAGCGUGCUGGCUGGAUACACACUGGCCUGAGCUCCAGAGCACAUGCACAAAGAGCGUGUAUACCUUCAACACCAGCUCAUGUGUGUACAUACACUUUGUUUAGGCUCAAAGUGUUCCCGUCCUUUGUGGGAUUAUUUAACAGAACUGGGAUUUAGUUUGACCCAAAAAUACUGUCCAAUAUCGUUGUAUGCUGUACCUUGCUUGUAUCAAGUCGAACUUGUCAACGAAUUCUUGGUUGAGCCCACCACGCCAUGAUGGAGACACAGGUACCGCAUGUACCUCUUGCACCCCACAGAGACACACCCGAUCCGGACGCCAUCAAAAUGUUCGUUGGCCAGAUCCCGCGAACGAUGAAGGAGGAGGAGCUCAAGGAAUUCUUUGAGAAGUUUGGCGAGGUCUACGAACUGAACGUCUUACGAGACAGGAACAAAGAGAACGAAAGCAAAGGCUGUUGUUUUGUGACUUACUACACACGUCAGGCGGCCAUAGAAGCUCAGAAAAAGCUCCAUAAUACCCACAGGAUGCCCCUUAUGAAGAAUCCUAUUCAGAUGAGGCCAGCUGAUAGUGAAUCUCGAAAUGUUGAAGACAGAAAGCUGUUUGUCGGCAUGGUAUCCAAGAACGCCACAGAGAAUGACAUCCGGGUGAUGUUUUCGCCGUAUGGCACAAUCGAGGAAUGCCACAUAUUACGGGAGAGCGAAAAGAGCAAAGCAAGCUGUGCCUUUGUAACAUUUUCAACAAGACAGAGCGCCCUCAACGCCAUCGCCGCACUACACCAGUCCACAACAAUGGAGGGUUGCUCCUCGAAGCUCGUGGUCAAGUUCGCUGACACAAUAAGAGAGAAGGAGCAGAAGAGGAUUCAGGCCAUGAACCAGGCACUCACAAGCGGGCUCGCCAACAACUUCAGCAACCAGUACUUUGCGAUGUUGGUGAACCUUAUGCAACACGCAUCUCAAACUGGUAACUUCGGAGCACUUAGCGGUAUGCAGCAGUUAGCAACACUGGCCAGCCAGAACACAGCUGGAGCAAAUGUCGCUGCAGCGGCGGCAGCGGCCGCUGCGGCCGCCGCUGCCAACCAGUCAUUACAGGGAAUGGGUAACACAGUCAAUCAGGCCCUUUUGGAAGAACCAUUGUAUUCAUUCAAGGACCAAUCAGAGCAUUCUUUGGCAGGCGGUACCCUGUACAAGAGUGCUGGUACCUCUGGCGCCAGCCGCUCAGGUAACAGUUCCUUUGGCAACCAAGGAGGAGCUGGUUCCUAUGGCAACCAGAGCGGUAAUGGUUCCUUUGGCAACCAGGGAGGCAAUGAUUCCUAUGGCAACAACCAGCCCAGUGAUAAUGGCACCUUUAGCAACCAAGGGGCCAGCAGCAGUGGCCCCAGCUUUAUGGGUGGUGGGCUGCAAUCCGGAGCUCAAGGCACUGGAUCGAGCACGGCAAACUCUAGCAAUCUGUCAGGACUUUUGGGCCUCCAAGCAUUAAAAGGGGUGUACCCCUCCCCUACCGCUGUCACUGCUCGUACCGCUCUUCUCCACGAUCCUCAGAAACGAGCUAUGAUGGGGAACACAGGGUCCUGUCUAUCUGGGUCUGGCUUUGGACUCAGCGGAAUGCCAGGUUCGGGCAUGGGCAGUGGAAUGAGUGGGAUGAACGGGCUUGGCUCUGGGUCUGGUUUCGGAGGUGGCCUCGGAGCUGGCAAUUCUAGCACAACUGGACUGGACUUAAAUGCCCUGACACAGGCCUACUCAGGAAUCCAGCAGUAUGCAGCACAAUUUUCAAAUGGACUGGGAGCCAAUUACCAACAGCAGACACUUAAUACAAAGCAAAAGGAAGUAGGUCCAGAAGGCGCGAACCUGUUCAUCUACCACCUCCCGCAAGACUUCACAGACGCCAACCUGCUGCAGAUGUUUUUACCCUACGGCAACGUGAUCAGUGCCAAGGUGUUCAUCGACAAGAACACCAACCUCAGCAAGUGUUUUGGCUUUGUAAGCUACGACAACCCUGUCUCGGCGCAGGCCUCUAUCCAAGCCAUGAACGGCUUCCAAGUUGGGGCCAAACGCCUGAAAGUCCAGCUUAAACGGCCCAAGGACAAACCCUACUAAAUUAGCAAACCAGGCUGCCACUCGUAUUGCAAUAUAAUAGAUCACUUCUUCUGAUUCUGUCCGUUGCUGUCCCAACUGUGACCGUGUUCACGUCUUGACCGUGUCAUGCUCGUAGCCCCGGAUGUACCGUACCAUCUGCGUGUUGUGUGGCGUCACGUACCGUGUAAAAAAAAAAAAAAACCUUCCGCAUUGCGUCCAAAUCACACACAGCUUUGAUUUCAAUGUUGUCAACGUUAUGUCCUGCUAUCAGUGUGUAUAACAGUAUAAAGAAGUGUAUGAAACCCGGUCAAGCUUUUUGGGUUUUUUUCGACAGUUUCGAAGAGUGGCCAUUUUGGUCAGAUGUGUUUCAGACUUGAGAGCCAAGACAAAAGCACCCGUCUGCCCUGGGCAAGAGUGCUACUUCUGUCUCGUCCGAAUUUGACGUCUGCAGUUUGAUUCAUGUCUUUCGUUUGCAGUUAGUAAGCAUACAUUGCAAUAGGCGUGUCUGUGGCUACGGAGACCCAUUCAGACACCAAAAUGGCCUCUCUGUAAGAUGUACGAAACAGGACUGGGCUUCACAUCUACCACUGUAGGAUGUAGACAGAUUUUAGAAAAGACAAAACCAGAUUUUUGUGGUCUUGAUCAGUUGACAUUUAAAUACCGCUGCAAACGGCUUUUCACCACCAUUUCUAACAAAUAGUUGAUGUCCUUAUCACCACAUGAAGGUGGAAGUCACCAUUAUUGACAGUAAACUUUGAACAUUGAAAUGCGUAGUCAAAAUUAUCCUGUACUUUCAGCAUCCAAAGGGAGGAACAGUGUGUUUUUCCACUUCGUUUCCUUCAGACUGGGCCCAAAAUUUAGGCCUUUCCCAAAGUUUUCUCCCCGUGUGUUAACAUUUUGUACGGAAUUACAGUCAUUCUGCAUUUAAAAAGAAAACUGUAUUUCCUCACGCUCUGUAGCAAAAGCAAGCUUUUCUCUUCCUCCAGUAGAAUUCCUCCGGUUACCCUGGGAAUAUUGUAGAUGGUGAGGAAUGUCAAGUGGACAAGUCAUGUCAUUGUGCGAUAAUGUCUCAUCAGCUGGAACAAAGAUCUUUUAAUAUUUUCAAGCAAAUACAUGUAAUAAGACUCGAGCGUUGGACUUGCAAAUGAUUGUUUGUAUAUAUAUAUUCAUAGUUACAUUCAUGGUUGAACAAAAAAGUGACAAAUACACAAAUACUUAAACAGUUUCUCAGUAACAUUGUUUUCAAAACUUAAGAGUCAACUGGCUUGACAGACGCUCACUUCAAGUUUCUUUAGCAACAUGUAGGUACUACUUGUAAACUGUAGUUUCUAAAUCUGUUGCUUCACAACAUAUCUAUGAUUUAAAACUUCAUGCUUGUCAUUCUGUUUUUGAUCAGAAAGUUGUAUAUAAAUGAAGUGAUCACCAGUUGUAAAAAAGGUAGACUAAGGCAUUGACUGCUCAUGUGUGUUGGCGUGGUAACGUUGUACAUAGCCCCGUAGAUUGAUCAUUGUGUUGCUGAGAUUAUAUUGCUGCUUAGUGGUAACUUUGCAAAGAAAACAAGGACGAGAGUAGCUUCAAAUUAAGUUUGGAAAACAAACUUGAAAAUACUGCACAUGAGCAAGCAGAAUUAUAAACUAUGGUCAUGGUUUGUCCUUUUUCAAUGCAACAGUUUCCUGUGUGGAACUCCCAGGCCUCUAACUGCUGAGUUUGCCUGCAACUGUUGUCAAAGCCCACUUUUAGUUUAUAUUUCAGUAUUUUUGCAGGACAGUCUCUGAGCUAAGGAGAAAUGAAAUUCAUGAGCUUGCAGAACUACCUUACUGGGAUUUAAUUUUUUUUUUGGGGGGGCUGUUGAAACAGGCAAUUUUUUCACAAAUUGUACUGGACAGAAGUUCCAAAUAAUGCUUCUUGGGAGAGCUGUUGAAAACCACACCAGCCAUAAUGGAUUUAUCAGAAAAAAAGUGGAAAACGUAUUCUUUGUGGCCAAUAGCUGUCAACUAAUUAACAAAUUAUGCGAAGUAUAUUAUGAAUAUUUUCAGGGAUAAGCUUUUGAAAUUUUUCAGGGACUGGAGAUUAAGAAUCGAUGAGAUUGUUGACAGUGAUGAUUUUCUGUUACGUUUACGAGAAUUCAGAAAAAAUUGUUCAAGACUUGUGUCUUUUUUGUUAUGUUGUGUUGUGUUUUUUGAUUGGAUGGUUGUUACAAUUGUUAUACUGUUUCUUUGUUUGUGAUGCACAGUUAUGUAAAAAAUCAAUCUUAGCACUGUCCAGUGCAGUGAAGGUACACGAGAAUCAAGUGCUCCUUUGAGAUGCAUCCUUGUCUUUUAACCUGCCCGUGUUCUUUUUUGGCCUUUCCAGGGGUAGUUUUAACAACACGUGGCACUCUUACUGGGGGUAGGCACCAGUUUGGCUGAAAUUGAAACCAUGUAUACACUCUCCGUUGCAAUUAAUUUCAUAUCACUUCUUGUCAUCAGGAAUGUUCCUGAAUUGUUUUUGUGUGGUGAUUUACUUAAAAGCAGUUGUAAAGCAAUAUCAUGUAUGGCAUAUGAGCCUUUUACCAAGGUAUAUGUCUAACUGCCAUGUGCUCCUUGUUGAUCAAGACUUUGCAAAAGUCUCACAAGCAUACUGCUUUAAUUGGUAGAUGGGCUAACUGUCUCCCAGGUUUAAUUUGAAUCGUACUUCUUGCAUCUUAGGUAUUUGACAGGUGGACAGCUGGCAAACUAAAAAGAGCCAGGCUGCCUACAAGUCUACAAACCCUGAGGAUUAGGGGUCAGGCUGUGUAUGGUUGUGCUUGCAGCAUGUCUUUUGGAGGUCAUUCAAAAGCAGACUUUGGUCCAUUUUAAGUGUAAGGGGGAAAAAAGUACAAAGGGGCUGAGCAAGGAGUGAAGUAGUCCCAGUGUUGGAGUAUGUUAUCAACAUCACCCAAAAGUGUGUACAUAAAAUCAGAAUGGUGCACCCUUGAAACUGUUAUUUCAAUAAGGAUUGUAAAACAGCUGCGUCAAAAGCAUCUUUUCUUGCGACCUUUGUCUCGUGAGGUCAAAAAAUGCAGAAUUGAGCAGAUUGUAAUAGUAGUCUGUGACAGUGAUGUCUAAUUUCAUGGCAUGUUUUUUGCACGGUAGCCACAUUCUCCAAAAGCCCUCAUCCCGUGUUUGCAGCCCUGUCGGAUCUUUGCUGGCGAUAUUUCUCAGUGAAGUUAUCCCGUGUGAUCAAUGGUAUGAAAGAUAACGAUACGUUUUGAGAGAGUUCAAUUGUGUAAUGAAUAAUCCUGUGUACAUUGAUCUCCAUGUAUUCAUUGAUGGUUGUCAUUCAGCCGUAGAAGCAUGUUAAUUAUUUCAGCUGUUUUAUAAACGAUCAAAGGUGGUGUUCCUUUUUCUCUCUCAACUCUCUCGCAUAUUUAGUGUUAGUUUUUUUGUCGAAAGUUAGUCUUGUUUACCAAAAUACAUAUGUGUAUUAAUUGCUAACUUAAAAGUUCCGAGUUGUUACGUUUGGUGUUAAGGUACGUGUUCAUGUAGUUGUGUGUAUGUAGAACUCACAUUAAAUAGCUUGUUGCUCACUAGAUGUGAUGCUGGUUUUUCAUGUCUGUUUAAAGAUAUACCAGCAGUCACCUUUAAUCUUCGAGAUUUAAUAAGUUGCUCGCUCGUAACUGCCAAGGUUAACUAUUGUAGUUGUUUCAUGUAGAGGAGUUGUCACUUAUCGUUGUGUACAUCUUUAUAUGUUCAAUUCGUUAGCUAAGUUAUUAAUUUUUUAAAAUAAAGAAAAAGAUCACUUAAUUUGUAUUAUUAUCGAGUAAGCUUAAGCAUGUGUUGUGGCAAAGAAAGUGCGCCACUGUUUCUUCCCCCAGAGAAAAAAUAUGGUCAUUUUAAGAUAUUUACUGAAAUGAUUAUGUGAAAAGGUUAGGUCAUACAGGGUUUUUAAUGAACUUUUUUUUUUCUUUUUCUCUUUUUUUUUCGUGUGACAGGGAGUUAUUGAAGAUGGAGAAUAUUGGCAUUUUAAGUUCUGUAAUUCAGACUUUGUGAUGGUUUAUUUUAAAAGACACUUGGUUUUUAGUUUUAGUCGUGCGUCAGUGGGCCACAUUCUAAUUGCACUUGAAAAGCUACCGGAAAGUACCGUCGAUGUAGUAUAUCAGCAUUGCUUUAUAUUGUCAGUUUGAAAAUGUCACUUUAGACUUAAUAUUACCAAAUUGAUUCAAGUAAUCUUUUAUUUCAUUGCAAAGCUAAUGCUAGGUAAUACAUCAACUGCAGAAAAUUUCUUUUUCGUUAAAGAAAAAGAGAAAUGGAAAAAGUAGCGGUCGUUUGCUGACCGACUAGAAUCCCUUGUCCUUUGUAGAAGUACUCCAGUGUUCUGAAGGAAAGACCUCACCUCACCCAUGGCUUUUACCAUCAGCAUUCGUGUACUGUUCAUUGUUUGAUAACGUUUUACAACAAACCGUGCAAUCACAAGGUGCACUAAAGAUGUAUAUAAACCGAGGGGAAACCAAGAAAAGCUGUAUUCCUGUGCGUGUUUCACUUUGGUAGAAUGCGUUCUUUUACAUUCAUGUGUGUGGAUACCACUUCUUGUCAGUCUAUUAGUCCGUUUGAGAAGCAUUUCGUGUUUGUGGUUUGGUUUUGUUUUUUUUCCCCCACUUUCUUCCAAAACAGGCCUUGCAGAAUCGAUCUGUAUUUCAUUUAUUUUGGUUACGGUAGGAACAGUAUGUGUACUUUGCCCUUGAAGAUGUGGCACAAAAAUGGGAUUGGAGAACUCGAGCUGAGAAGUUGGAAUUUUAGUCUUUAACAACACAAAUUGUGAUUAAAUUCCAUCGUUAAAAACAGAGUAUUUGUACACUAACCAAAAAAUGGCAAGAAUGUAGCUUAUUGUGGUUUUUUUUUCCCACUGUUUCUUUGAAUUUCCAUUUUUUGUUCUGUGGUUUUCCUUUUUUUUUUUUUACUGUAUUGGUUGGAAAUGAGAUGAGCCUGUGAAUUACGGGGGCCAAUCCAGUGUAUUUGGAAAGUGUCACUUUGUCAUGUUUCAAUCAUUGUCAAUCAAGUUGUAUUUGUUAAUGUUGAUGUUUCAUGGGUAGUUUCUCUGUGAAUGUUUUUGUGUACUCUAAUGCUUACUUGUUGCUAUGUCAGUGUAGUCUGUAAUGUUAACGACGUAGUUGUACUUGUAACAAUGUAACCUGGAGUGUCUGUCUAGAAGUACUGGGCAUUCAUGCACCCUCAACCCACAUGAUUUGUGUUACCUGUAGUAGAAUACAACCGGAAUCACUCUGUCAAACAAGCAGACACAGAGGCCAAAUACGGCCACCAGUUCGAGCAUUGUUGUCCACAUAUUAUCAUGGCCAUCAUAAGUAUGGCUGCAGGUCCCUUUUUUUAAAAAAGAUUUUGGGGGCCAUCUGUCUCAGUAGCUACCAGUUCAUUGUGGUGGCCCGUCUUUGGUAGCCACCAGCCAACGUUGGUGGCCAACAGUUCUGUGUGGCUGGCAGUCUGUGGUGGCCAGCUGUUGUUGGAGGCCAACCAGUUAAAUGUGGCUGCCUGUCCAUGGUAGCACAUGCCCACUUGUCAUACUGGUUGCUUCUGCAUUGUGGCCAGUGGCCACAGUGGCCACCUGCAAAUGUUAAUUAAGAGGUCUUUUGUAUUAUACUGAGUAGCUGAGCAUUUGCCCACCUACCUAAUUCCCCCCCCCAGCAGCCAAAUGAAAAUUACACAACUUGAAUGGGUAAGUGCAUUGAACUCGUUUUGGUGAAGCUCGCCCAGCCAAUGGGUAUGCCGACUCUCUCUAACCCCGUAAGAAAUUCUUCCGAAAAGAUCUGCAGUGUUGAUGCCUGUAGCUGUUAACACUGCCACUUCAUGUAUGAGUCUGACACUAGACCAAAAACGGAUCCUGCAAGAUGAGUGUCACCCAGGUCUUUUAGACAGCACACCUGUAUGUUGCUGUUUUUUUCUCCUUGUCUUUAUUUUGUAUGUAUCCAUUCUCAUGGCAAUUCAUUAAACUUAGUUUAGCCAUUAGUCCA